AUGUUGCUCCGUGUUCUAUUCAUGACCCUGGUUAUAAUGGAGGCUUUGGUGAUAGCACUGGUGCAAUCACCAAAUUUGAUAGCGCCAUUUAAACUUGACUUUGACGUGCAUAGAGGUUCCUUUGAUCUUGUUAAGCGAUCACACACUAUUGAUAAACGACUGGGCGUCAUACUGCUCGGUUUGAACAAUACGGGGACCUUGUAUAUCGCACAAUUGGCCAUUGGAUCGCUGGGAGAUCUUGUUGAAGUCGCAGUAGAUACUGGUUCUUCGGAUUUAUGGGUUGCAUCUAGUGAUGUUCAAUGCUUUUCAGACUCCUCAACGUUCAAAGACGUAGAUCUAGAAAAGGUAAUCAAUAAGAACAUUCUUAAACAAAGUAUUAUAGAGGGGAAGGAAAAGAGAGCUACUGGUACAGUAGCGGCAGCAGCAGCUUCAGGGGCACAAGUUUUCACAGCACCCACUGGCACUCAAGUUAACACUUGCACACAAUAUGGAUCGUUUGCAACAUCAAACUCAGAUACUUUCAAAAGAAAUGAAACUGCAAAGGAUUUUUAUAUCUCAUAUACUGACGGUAGUGCAGCUAGAGGAAUUUGGGGUGAAGACACCAUAAGGUUGGGGAAAUCCAACAAUAUAGCUGAAGUUCAAGGUUUGACCUUUGCUGUCGCCAACAAAUCAAGCUCACAUAUUGGGGUUCUUGGUAUUGGAUAUGGAAGUUUGGAGUCACUGUAUCAAGAUUCUGGUUAUAUAUAUGAAAAUUUACCACAAAAGAUGAAAUCUUUAGGUUUAAUCUCCAAAAAUGCAUAUUCAUUGUACCUCCAUGUGGGUGAAAAUAUAGAUACUGGGUCGGUACUUUUCGGUGCUGUUGAUCAUGCAAAAUAUAAGGGAGAUUUGCAAACAGUUCCAAUAUUGGGAUAUCUAUCCAAACCAUCCCCCAUUGAAACUGAAAUAAACCCAGGUCCUAAACUAGAUCAAAAAAGAAUUUCAAUUUCUCUUACAGGGUUACAAUAUGAAGAUGAAGUUCUGGGAUCUUCAUUGGCUUUGAAUAUUUCCGAUAACUAUGUUCCUGCUCUCGUAGACACGGGUAGUACCCUUUCUGUAUUCCCGCGUAGUUUACUUGAUCAAAUUGGAGCUGCUGCAAAGGGAACAUUUUCUGAUGAUGUCAAGGCAUACGAUGUCCCUUGUUCGGGGAAUGAAAAUGCCUCUAUAACAUUUGAAUUUAGCGGUGCCAUCAUCAAAGUCCCCUACAAUACAUUACUUGUACAAAUGGGGGAUGUUUGUUAUUUGGGAAUCACCCAACAAACAAGUUCAACUCCAUACAUUGUGCUUGGCGAUAACUUCUUACGCAGUGCAUACGUUGUGUUUGAUUUAGACGAUAGCACCGUUUCACUCGCGCAAGCGAACUACACUACACAUGAAGAUAUAGAAAACAUAUCUGAUAGCAUUCCUGGGGCUACAAAAGUCCUGGGCUUUUCACUGACAAGAUUCGGUGGAACCUCUUCUAGCACCACUACAUCAGACUCUGCAUAUCUGGGUACAGGACUCCUUACAGAGCCUGGCCACACAUCAUCAAAUUCAAAAAAAAGUUUGGCCCCAAGUCUGUACAUACGAAAUAAUCUUCUAGGAUGCCUUACAGUGGUAAUAUCAUUAAUAGCCUUAUUAUAG